GGAAAUAAGAUGAGCUUACCGCGAUCCUCGCAGUCGGCGCAGCUUGCACCCGAGGUAGGGGCCGACGCACCUCGCACCUCCGUAAAAGAGCUGAGGCAAGCCAUUGAGAUCCAGGAGCUGCGCAAGAAGCUCAGCACUGCGGAGGAGGAGGCCUUGGCUUUGCGACGCCGCCUCCGGGCCGCGGAGCUCGAGGCGCAGCAGUCCGAAGCCCUGGUAACCCGUUUGCGACAGGACCUCCGGCACUACGAGGGGUUCCUGCCAUCGCACCCGAAGAGGGGCGAGGAGAUCACUUUCGCGCCUCCCAGUCGACCGGUGACUCGCGAUGGACGCAGGCCAGCAACACCCUCUACGACGCCAUCUGCUAAACCUCCUCGGGGGCUCAGCAGCGACGAGCUGGAAGCCCUUGCUGUCCAGGAGAAGCGCCGCAGUGUGCAGCUGCAGAUGGCCAGGAACGCGCGCUCCGCCGCGCGGCUGGCAGCGCAGCGGGCGCAGGAGAGCUCGACUGAAGAUCCAGGAACGCCCAGUUCGGCGCGGGGGUCGCCCUCAGCAUCGCAGGCCGGACGCAGCAGCAGCCGCAGUGGCUCGCCAAAGCGUGCCGAACUGCCGAGGCCUUCGCCGUCACCUUGUCGCCGCUAUCGCCUCUUCUGA